AUGUCAUUCUAUGCCUUCACACCCUUCUCCUCCGCCAUCUUUCCCAACAGCGCAAAUAUAUCCUUCCACACCCUCCCCAAACCCACCUCUACCCGAACCCAACCCGCACCAGGUAGAACCAUGUCAACCCCCCGUAAACAACAAACCUUCACAACCCUCCACUCCCUCUACGCCACCUCAGGCACAGUAACAAUCCACUCCUCUUCCUCAGACUCCCCAAUCCUAGUCCCCACCCCUUCUCCCCUUGACCCAAACGACCCCUUAUCCUGGCCCCCCCAAAAGAAACGCACCGCCUUCCUCUCCAUCUGCACCUUCACCUUCCUCACAAAUUUUGGCAUCGGCGGCCUAACCUCCGCCUUUUACCUCAUCUCCCUCGAGUUCGAAAAGUCCCUCCCGGAAACAUCCGCCCUCCUCCUCUGGCCCAUCCUCGUCUUGGGCCUCUUCAACUUUUUUUGGGUCCCCCUGGCUAAUUACUUUGGUAAACGCUCCGUGUUUGUGCUAAGUUGUGGGUUACUUUUCGCGAGUUACAUCUGGGGGGCUUUGGCGAAGAGUUUUGAGAGUUUGCUAUGGAGUAAUAUCGUUGCUGCUUUUGCGGGGAGCUCGACCGAGGCGUUGGGGGCGGCGAUGGUGAAUGAUUUGUUUUUCGUGCAUGAGCGCGGGGGGAAGAUGGGGGUUUAUAUGAAUUUUAUUAGUGGGGGGAAUACGGUUGGCCCGUUGGUUUGUGGGUUUGUUGUUACUGGGUUGAGUUGGAGGUGGCACAAAUGGAUUGCUGCUAUGCUGACUGGGAUUAACUUUGCGACUGUGGUGUUGAUGGUGCCUGAGACGAGAUAUCACAGGGUUGAAGUGACCGGAGAGGGGGGGCAGCAAAUGUCGGAGAGCGAAGAUAACGGGCAGGAGAAGGGCAAGGUGAGAGGUGACGGUGAACAGGGACAGCAGAGGGAGGGAAUAGUCGCGGUUCCGAAGAAGAGCUGGGUUCAGGAGUUGAGUUUGUGGUCUGGGACGCCAAAGGAUGACACGAGCUUGUGGAAGAUGUUCCUGAGGCCGCUGCCAAUGUUUGCGUAUCCGUGUGUUAUUUACUCGUUCCUCGGGUACGCAGUGUCAUUGGUGUUGACGGUGGCUGUCAACAUUCUCAACUCGUUUGUGCUCCAGGCGCCGCCAUACUCGUGGUCACCAACGGUCAACGGGCUGAUCAAUAUUCCCGGGUUCAUCGGGAAUCUCCUUGGCAGCUUUGCAGGCGGUUGGCUUGUCGAUAAGUUUUGCGACUGGAGAAGCAGGAAGAACAAUGGGGUGUUUGAACCGGAGAAUAGGUUGUAUCUCUGCAUACUUCCGCUGCUGAUUACCGGAGCCGGUUGCGUCUUGUUCGGGUAUGGAGUCGAGAGAACACUCCAUUGGACCUCAUUAUUCUUCGGCUACGGAAUGGUGUCAUUUGCGCUCACAGCAGUCCCCACGAUUACGAUGGCAUAUGUGUCAGAUUGUCUACUGCCAGUUAACUCGGAUGCUUUGAUGCUUGUCAACGGGAGCAAAAAUAUUGUUGCUUUUGGAUUUCUUUACGGAAUCGUGCCAUGGGUUGAAGAGGUUGGCUAUGUCGAAUGCUUUGGAACUCAAGCAGGAAUCUAUGUUGCUAUUAUUGUAAUAGGAAUGGCGGUUUUAAUCCCAUUUGGCGCUAGAAUCAGAUAUGCCCAGGCAAAAUGGAGGAUUAUCUUGUAAUUUAUGACCGGAAGGACGAUGUUAGGUAUUUCGAGGGAAUGAAGCAGUCCUUUUCAAAGAUAUUCAUGAACCAGUCAGUAAUUUAACAUGAUGAUACUUAUGUGUCAUUAGAUAAAAAGAGUUCAGGGUGUAGGUGGUGAUGGUUUGGAUCGACCGCCAUGUUCGUGAUGUUUUCCUGGUGUUG